AUGUCAUUGUUCAGUUUCCCGCCGGAGAGCUACUCGGCGGUGUACGAUGGGAAGAACGAAGCUAACUUCAGUCAUUCGUUCCCCUACCCUUUCCGUUCGUUCCACCGUUAUAGUUGCUCACAAAAAGACUAUUUGGUUCCCGACAACUGUCGACUGUUACAGGCACCAAAAUUAAACGUGGAAAUUUCAGCAGCCGUACCCGAUAUGGUCCGGAACCGAGAUAAAAAUCUAGCCACAACGCAGCAACAACUCGGCCAUGGGAUCGCUGCCGUCAACAGGGCCAUGGAUAUACUAAUUAAAUGUGUCGAUGCCAACGGAAUCGAAGCUAUGAAACACCUCAGUAACGGCUGCCGCAUUCUGUGUGACCUCCAUGCGUCAUCUACUCAGAGUCGCAUAAAACUCAUCACUCCUAGUCUCGAUAAGACGUUCUUGCAAGUUAUUCAAGAUACAGAACGUGAUGAUACCCUAUUUGGCAAUAAAUUGGGCGAAAAAAUCAAGGCGGCUAAGACCAUUGAAAAACAAGGUCUUCAAAUCAAGAAAACGUCCCCAAAGAAACCCACGCCAGCACAGCCGUCGACAAGUCGAGCGUCAUACUCGGGAAACUGGUCAGCGCCCCGUCGUUACGCGUCGAACAGGGGGGGGCGGAGAGGUGCUCGCAGGCAGACGAAUUACACCCGUCGGACGUUUCCAGCUCCACAAGCGGCCAAGACAUCUCCCGCGACCAAGACACGUGCCCAUGCACCGUAACGCAGGGACUGCCAUCCCCUACACAAGGGGCUUACCCUGGGGGUCGCGAAGCUCUGCAACAGUCCUUCAGUCGAAGAGGCUCCCCACCAGAGGCUAUAACACUGAUGUUGGCAUCACUCUCCGACAAAACAAUACAACAAUACGAAGUUACAUAUAAGCUCUGGUGGCAAUUUUGCACCGUUAAUUCUAUUGAAAUUUUCAAUCCCCCAAAAUCGACAAUAUUGUCUUUUUUAACAGAACAAUUUAACAAAAAUUGUGCAUACGGCACACUGAAUAGUCACCGUUCAGCCUUAUCCUUGUUAUUGGGAGACAGUGUCGGUUCGGACGAUUGCGUGAAACGCCUUCUUAAAGGUGCGUACAAACAAAGACCGAACGGUCCCAAGUAUAACCAUACAUGGGACCCUCAGGUUGUUUUAAACCGUGUCUCUCACUGGUAUCCAAAUACAAGUAUAAGCCUGGAACUAUUGUCGAAAAAAUUAGUUACAUUACUGGCCAUAUGCACAGCGCAUAGGGUUCAAACAUUAUCGCUUAUAAAAAUCGAAAAUAUUGUUAUUACCACAAACGGUGUCAAAGUUGGAAUCACGGACAUAAUUAAAACAUCAGCUGUCGGGCGAGAGCAACCGGUCCUCUUCCUCCCAUAUUUUAAAGAUAAUGUUUCUAUAUGCCCUGCUACAACUCUCAGAGAUUAUAUUUUUGUAACAAAAAAUAAGAGAGUUGAUAGCAUAGGACAUUUGUUAUUGACAUACAAGACUCCACAUAGACCUGCAACUUCUCAAACCAUCAGCAGAUGGAUUAAAAAUGUUUUGUCGGAAAGUGGCAUCGACAUGACAGUGUUUAGCGCGCACAGCGUGCGCCACGCCGCCACGUCGGCCGCGAGCCGCGCCGGGGUCAGCGUCGACACUAUCCGCCGCACAGCAGGCUGGACCUCGGCGUCUACGUCGCGCCGCGCGGUUCUAUAAUAGGCCACUAUCGGAUGAAGGACUCUUUGCGAGAUCUGUUUGCUUGCCGAAUACAAGUGACAAUCCUUAGAUAAUAAGAUUAUCGAUCAUAAGUAGAUGAUUUUUUGAUUAUAUGAACAAUUGUUAAUAUUAGAUGACUGACCAAUAAGGUCACGUCAAAGAAGAAAAGAAAUAUAUUGAUUUCGUGUCUAUA